CGUCAUUGUCAUCUCCAUACCAGAAAAUCAAGAAUUUUAAAGAAAUGGAAACAGUCAAGAGUAAUAUAUGUAUGUUUCUUUUAUUAUGUUUAACAGGUGGUGCAAUUGCCGAGCAAUGUGGUAGUCAAGCAGGUGGCCAGCUUUGCCCUAAUAAUCUGUGUUGUAGCCGUUAUGGGUGGUGUGGCACUACUGACGAAUUCUGUUCCGAUGGCUGCCAAAGCAAUUGCAAAGGCGGAGGCGGAGGCGGUGGCGGUGGCGGUGGCGGUGGUCAAAUUGCUCGCAACGUGCGUGCGACGUAUCAUUUAUAUAAUCCACAGAACCAUGGAUGGGACUUGAAUGCUGUAAGUGCAUAUUGCUCUACAUGGGAUGCUAACAAACCCUAUUCAUGGCGGAGCAAGUACGGGUGGACUGCCUUCUGCGGUCCCGUCGGAGCACACGGCCGGCCUUCUUGCGGGAAGUGCUUGAGAGUGACAAAUACAAGGACUAAAGCUCAAACGAUAGCGAGGAUUGUGGAUCAGUGCAGUAAUGGAGGGCUGGAUUUGGACGUGAAUGUUUUCCUGAAACUGGACACAGAUGGGGUAGGAUACCAACAAGGUCAUCUUAUAGUUGACUACCAAUUUGUUGAUUGUGGAAAUUCCUUGAACCCUCUGUUCUCCGUUAUGGAUAAUUAGAAAUUAAAUGAUAAUGUAAUGGAGUGGAUGUCUGUUAAAAUCAUCUAAAAUAAUUAAGCUUCUUUAGCAUAGGAAGCAACAAGGCCAAUUAACGCUUAAUUAAUUGGCUACUUAUUGUAAUAACGUGUGGCUUGGCUGUCCUAUGAAUCCAGAAAUUUUCCCUA